AGGUUACUAAAUUGUCAACAUCCGUAAUCCGUAAACAAUAGGCAGUCUCUCAAGUCUCAACAUCAUCGCUAUCCUCCUGCCUGUGAGGCAUACCAAUUAAUAAUUUUAUAAAUAUAACAAAUAGUAUUUAUGUAGAACUAUAGGCCAAGCCUUAUUAAAUUCUACUUCGUUAACUCGUAAAUGGAUAGUGCUCUCACCACCACUGAAGGUAAUCCGGACCAAAACGUUUCCACAGAGGACGUUUCAAAAGAGGAACCCUCACAACCAGCAGGGGAAGAUAAUUUAAAAGAUCCAGCAGAACCUACAGCAGAUACUGAAAAGGGAAGUGUAAAAAGCAGCGAUAAAGAUGUGGCACAUGACAGUAAUAAACAAACUAGCACAGGUCAGGAAGAGGAAGGUGAAAUGCACCACCAGUUAAAGUUUAAUUAUGAAGCAGAAUUAAUGGUGAAUGGUAUAUAUGAGGACACGGAUAUCACCAUUGAUCCAGCCAUUAUCCAGUCGUUAACUGACGGGUUCGUCACUAAAUUUCUGCCGUCUUUACAGAAGUCUCGAGCAGCAAUAGACCAAAUCAAAUCUAGUCAGAAUGUUCUCAUUGAAACUGUGCAGCAAGAAAACAAUAAAUUUGUGGACUGUCCAGCCCUUAUAGACCUGGAGAAAACAAUGUCUAAGGCAAAGCUGUACCACAGCAAGCUGAUUAAGUUGAGAAAAGACAUGACCAAUUUGCAUGAGAAAGCCAAGAAAUUGAAGAAAAGGGCAGUCAAACUGCAGCAACAGAAACAGAAAGAGGAGCUAACCCGAGCUCACGUUUUGGAGAAGGAGAUGGAGAAAGAGAGGAUGUUGACAGCUAGAGUUGCCACUUCACCAGACUGAGAAGUCUUAGCAGACUCUUAACAGACUCUCACACCAAUUCCUGCCAUGAUUCUCUGAAAUAAUAAUUGUGUACUGCUGGUUACUGGUUUCCAUGCAGUAAAUUUUGUACUGCCAGCUACUGGUUUCUAGACAGUAAAUUUUGUACUGCUAGCUACUGGUUUCUAGACAGUACAUUUUUUUACUGCUGGCUACUGGUUUCCAUGCAGUAAAUUUUGUAAUGCUGGUUACUGGUUUGCAGACAGUAAAUUUUGUACUGCUGGCUAGUUUCCAGAUUUUUAGUGAUUCCUUGUGAUUUUUACAGAUUGAAACUUACAAUAUUUUCAUAUUUUCAAAUUCUUAAUAAGUCACUUUUAUGAAUUUAAAUGUUCAUGUUUUAUUGUAAUGAGGCUAUGGUUAUUUUAAUGUACAUUCAGUAAUUAAUUGUACAGCAAUGUUACAUGUAUUGAAUGAAAUGUGCAUUUUCAACUCACUGUUAUUAAUUUGUUAUUAAACACAAUUGCCCAUU